CAAAAUAAUCCAAAGGAAAAACGACAAAAACACCUAAAGGUCAGAAGUUUCAUGAAAUAUGAAACUUAAAGAUAAUAAAGUAGCACUGGCCCUGUAUUUACUUGGUACUAAAAUAUGCAAUAUCACACAGCUCUACUGAAAACGUUUAGAUUCACAAAUAAUAAAUUCAACCAUUGCAGAUUAACCAGAUGUGUUCCAGCAACAGUUUGCUGCAGAUUAUCUGUUCUCAGAUGAAAUCCAGUGAGUGUUUCUUUGAUUUUAACAUGUGGGAUUAUUUUAGAGUGGAAAGAAGAAAAUCCAUCAAAUCAUUGAGUGGUUUCUAGAUUUCCUACAAUGAUGAUGUUUUCACCUGAUGAACUGACAGACUGAUGUUACCUCCAUGAAGAAGCAGAUUUAACCAAUGAAAAUAAGCAGCUCUAGAAAAUGAAUGGAGGCAGAUUGGUGAGAAGUCUUUGCAGCCUUGAAGACAUCCUGAAACAUCUUCUCAUGGUUUCCUGAUCAUUUAGUUUUAAUAACAACAAUGAUCCCUGUCCUUGUUGCCUCCUAGAGAUGUUGGAGCUGAUGUGUUGCUGACUCUUCUCCUCUGUCUCCUCUCACAGGGAGAAGAUGAUCUGCAGGAUCCUGCUGCUCAUCAUCCUCAACUCAUGUCUCUGUGCAGCAACAUUUGUAGUGAAUGUGACACAGAGCUGCUAUCAGGCAGAGGAGAACCACAACAUCACUCUGGAGUGGACCUUCACCACCAGACCUCAUGGAUCCUGGAGACAACUGUUUAUCCUCUGUGAACUUAUAGCUCCUCCCAGAGAACUGGUUCUGUAUCAGGUCCAUGAUGGUGUUGAGGUGUCAGAGUUUCAGGAUGAACAGUUUUCAGGACGAGUCCAGAGUGACAAAGACGUCCUCAGAGAAGGACGAAUCAGACUCCAUGUGUCCAGACUGAGGACUGAAGACUCUGGUCUGUAUCCGUGUGACGUGAAAACUGAUGAAGGUUCUGGUUCUGGAAGAUGUCGACUCAACGUCUCUGCAGCUGCUGAUGUCUCCCAAACCCAGAGACCGACUGUGGAUCCAGAACCAGAAGGUCCAGGAUGGAUCUUCCUCUAUGUUUUACUGGGACUAACAGCAGCAGCAGCAGCAGCUCUGAUGGUCAAACUUCUCCUAAACUAUUAUUUCAAAGCACCAAAGUCAGAUUCAGUCGUUUAUCAGAACCCUGAAGGUUCCUGAAGCUGCUGUAGGAAGAGUUAAAUAAGAGAUGCCCUCUAGUUUAAUUCUUCAUUACUUCUACAGAGUCCCAUCAGAUCCAGAGGUGGGUUUUAAGGUGCUCUUGAUUUGAUCUCUGACCUAUUCUAACAUAUAAGCGCAUUAAAACACUUUCUGUUGCUGUACUUAACGAGGUGAAAAGCAACAAGACUGUCAACAAACAGGAGUCAGAAGCACCAGCAGCUCACCAGUUGCUUCUGCUCACUAGCUAGCAAUUAGCCAUCAAGCUAAAUCAGGCUACCCCAAAAUGUAGUUUACUGUUUAGGAACAGUUAGCAUGAAGAUGUUUCAGCAGACCAACUGCUAACCAGUCAAGCUAGUUUUAUCUUGGAUGUUGGACAUUCGUGCUCCACAGAUUCAGCUGCUUCUUCCUCCUAUUUGAACAGAUGGAGGCAGUCUGAUUUCAGGCUGUAGCUCUCUGCUUGCUCCCUCUUACACACGGUGGUUCGCUAAGGGACCUUCAAUGCAUUUCCAAACCAAAAACUCUUGAGAAACAAAAAUUAAUAGUUUCAUGUAUAUAAUGUCAAAUUAUUCUACUAGAUGACACAGACAAGACACACUCCUUUUUAUCUGAGUUUAAUGUAUUUUCUUUUCUACAUAUUUUUGUAAUCAAAAUUCAUGAUUUCUGUUUUAAAACUUUUGUCAUGUGACCCAGUGACACAAAAUGGGUGAGACCUUGAGAAUCGUCACUGUCUGUGUUUACUUGUAAAAUAGACAUAAGGAGUAACUCUGGGUUGGCAUCAACUUGUGAGGAGUAAAAUUGAUGAGCAACUAAUCACCCUGUGGUGUAACAGGAAAUGAAUAUUACUGUAUAAAUAUGAAAAGGCAAGAAAGGCAGCUGAAAAUGUUCAUUAUUUAAGUAAAGUCUGAACCAUGUUCAAUAAUGUUAGAAAUUGUUAGAAAUUAUAUGUUGGAAAUAAAACUGUAGAUGUGUGAGAUCACAUUAAGACUAUGUCUGUCAUGUUAUAAUAAAUUAACAUUCAUUUUGUGAAAGUGGGUCACAUGACCUGAAAACAAUUUAGAAAAUAUGAAUUUUUAUUACAAAAAUUCUUUAAAAAUAGAAAAAGCAUUA